GAAAAAAUAAGGUUGUUUACUUCAAAGAAGUUAGAAAAGGCAAAUGAUUAUUAUAACGAGAAUCGAAUCCUCGGUCAAGGAGGCCAAGGAACUGUUUAUAAAGGAAUGUUAGCUGAUGGAAGCAUUGUGGCAAUCGAGAAGUAUAAAAUGAUGGUAGAGAAGAAAGUUGAUGCAAAGAAGCUUGAACAGUUCAUCAACGAGGUGAUAAUAUUAUCACAGAUCAACCAUAGAAGUGUGGUUAGGCUUUUAGGAUGUUGCCUGGAGACAAAAGUCCCUUUGCUAGUAUAUGAGUUCAUCCCCAAUGGAACACUGUCUCAAUUCAAACAUGAUCAAAAUGAAGAAUUCCCAAUGACAUGGGAAAUGCGUUUACGAAUUGCUAUAGAAAUUGCCGAUGCAUUAUCCUAUUUGCAUUCGGCUGCUUCUGUCCCCAUUUAUCAUCGAGGCAUCAAAUCCAGCAACAUACUUUCGGAUGAUAAAUACAGAGCCAAAGUGUCGGAUUUCCGAACAUCAAGAACAAUUUCACUUGAACAAACUCAUCGUACCACUCGAGUGCAAGGAACUUUCGGAUACUUGGAUCCUGAGUAUUUUCGAUCAAGUCAAUUUACAGAGAAGAGUGAUGUUUACAGUUUUGGGGUUGUUCUUGUUGAAAUUUUGACGGUACAAAAACCCAUCACCUCGAGACAAUCAGAGGAAGUGAGAAGCUUGGUACCAUUUUUUCUGCUCUUAAUGAAGGAGAAUUCAUUAUUUGACUUUUUUGAUCCAAUCAUAACGAAUGACGGUCCAGAAGAAGAGAUUGUAGCAGUUUCAAAGCUGGCAAAAAGAUGCUUGAAUCUUAAUGGAAAGAAAAGGCCUACAAUGAAACAAGUUGCAAUGGAGCUGGAGUCGAUUACGUCGUCAGAAGAAGCUAAUGCGAUUGAACCAAGUGGCGAUGAAGAAUCUUAUACAGAUGACAUAAUCGAUCCUUGGGCUAUUGCUACUUGUUCAACCAUGUCAAUUAUAAACAAUUUGUAG